UUGGAGUGGGAUCUUGGGGGCUGAGGGAGCUCCUUAUGCAGGCUGCGCAUUUCCUUUGGUGGGCUGGUUGUUCAUUCGCAAGGAAACGGCAGAGGAACGAGUAAAGAGGCACAUCUUUAAAGUGGUGAUUUUCUUUAUUUAGCGGGGGAGAGCAACUGGCCCUAUCCAUCCCCAGUGGCAUCUCUCCAGUGGCUGUUGCUAGUGUCUGUCUUAUGUUUCUCUUGUAGAUUAUGAGUCCUUGGGGACAGGGAGCCAUUUUAUUUAUUUAUUUCAUUAAAUCUAUGUAAACCACUUUGGGAACUUUUGUUGAAAAGCAGUAUAUGAAUAUUCAUCAUAUUCAUAUUAGUCUAGUCCACAAGCUGCGUCAUGUGAGUGCUGCUGUGUUUGCUUUGCACUAUUACUUUCUCACUGUGGGCUGUGAUGGGUCAUGGGAGGAAGCUCCUGGUUGCUGUUGCUAUUCCUGAGAAGCCGGGAGUUUGUAAUCUAUGAGCUGUGUGAGGAUGACUUCCUUGAAGGUGCCGGUCAUUGAUGUUCAGAAUGAUAAUUUCAAGGAGCUGUGGCCGUCCAUGCUGUUGGCCAUCAAAACUUCUAGCUUCAUAGCUAUUGACACGGAGCUUAGUGGGCUUGGAACAAGAAAAAGUUUGUUGAACCAAUGUAUUGAAGAACGAUACAAAGCUGUUUGUAAUGCUGCCAGAACACGCUCCAUCUUGUCUCUAGGGAUUGCUUGUUUCAAACAGCUGCCUGAUAAGUUGGAGAACACAUACCUCUCCCAGAUCUACAACCUCACCCUGCUCUGUAUGGAGGAUUAUAUCAUUGAACCACAGUCAGUUCAGUUCCUGGUGCAACAUGGCUUUGACUUCAACAAGCAAUAUUCACAAGGCAUUCCCUAUCAUAAGGGCAAUGAUAAGGGAAAUGAAAACCAUAAGCAGACAGUCCGUACUUUCUUCCUGGAACUAAUCCGAGCCAAGAAGCCCCUUAUCCUGCACAAUGGCUUAAUUGAUUUGGUGUUCCUAUAUCAGUGCUUCUAUGCUCAUCUACCUGACAACUUGGGCACCUUUACUGCUGAUCUUUCUGAGAUGUUUCCAGCUGGCAUCUAUGAUACUAAAUAUGCCUCUGAGUUUGAGGCACGCUUUGUGGCUUCUUACCUGGAGUAUGCCUACAAAAAGUGCAAACGAGAGAACUGCAGGUUGAAGGAUUCCAGCAAGCAGCACCUCAGCAUAGAGUUCUGCAACUAUCCUUCCAGCAUAGCUUCCUACAUUGACUACCGCUUCUGUUCUCUUUCUGAUGCCAGUCAAUCAGGAAUUGACAGUGCAAAGAAAGUCUCUAUCUGCCAGACAUUUUCUGCCUAUGGCUGGUGCCCAGAUGGGCUGAAGUGUUCACAGUCUCAUGACAUCGACCUAAUCAUUAAUGAAGAUGAGAACCACAAAGAGGAGAAGCAAAAGAAAAAGAGGCAGAAAUGGAAACGACGGAAGAAUUUUGUGGAGCCCCCCAAAGAACCUGAGUUAGAAAGUUCUGAGAAGGAUGGAGAGGUGGCUUGGAAUACAGAGGAUGGUCCCCCAUCCAAGCAGUCCUGUUCUGGCCACUUGGUUGCUUCUACUGCAGAUUGCCCAGCUACAGACACUCAGGCUAGUAAUGAAGAGAGUUCUAUGGAUGUGGAACGAGAACUAGGGUCUGAAAGUGCAGCUGAUGCCAAGAUGGAUGAGAAGCAAGCCACUGCUACAGAUGAGGGCAGCACUUUAUCACCAUCCAAAGACGGGCAGGAGGAGAGGGCAGCAGGGACUGAAAAAUUGGGGUCAAAAGGCCAGAUAGAGAGUGCCUCUGCAGUGGUCUCUUUACAUAUUACAGAGAACCCAGUGGCACCUCUGCCUGGCCGUUCAGAGGGGGGCAUUCAUCGGGCUGGUUUUGAUGCCUUCAUGACGGGUUACAUCAUGGCAUAUAUUCACAUGCUAAAGAAUAAUGAACACAGAGACUCAAGUGAGAGGCCUUGGUUGCCAGAUUGCCACAACAAACUGUAUCUCAGUGGGAAGUCUGUGCCCCUUCAGAUUGUGAAAAGUUUGUUUUCUAAAUCCUCAAAAGCCCACAGUCAGAAGAUGAAGUUGGCUUGGGCCACUGCCUAGAGCAAGGCGCCCUGCCAGCUCUGACACAUAACAACUGGAGGCAGAGCAGCUUCUUCCAGCCACAAUUCUCAAAUCAGAUUAGUGUUAUAGACAUUAGACAUCAAUGGCUUAAGAGCAGCAGCCUGUAUAUGGCUUUCUUCUGAAACAUCAGCAUAAUUAAAUUGCUCAGUACCAGAUUUUCAUUUCUUGUUUUAUGUUCACUGGGCCAGGCAGUGACUUUCAAUAGGAAUUUGCUGCAAGAGCUAGAGGCUGCUUUAAUUUAUAGAUAUCUAAUUUAUCUGCUCAAUAUAGGGCCCACUCAUCCAUCCAAACAGUGCAAUAAAAAGUAGCCCUGUUCUCUUGACCAGCAAAAUCACAUCUCUUGCUGCUAACAUCAUAGGCAGUCUAUAUAAUCUAAUAUUCAGACUGGCAAAGCACAAUCUUAUUUUUCCACAGUGGAGAAUUGCAGGGAUUAUAUGAACUACUGCUCAACUGACAAGCCAGUUUUGAGGACUGAAUUUCUGAGUUGCUUGGAUGCAAGAGUAGUAACUGAAGUUCUGCUCUCUGAGAUAUCUUGUGGCAGCUGUGUUGGAGACCACCCUGGAAGUCUAGUGCAAGGCCUUCCUAUUCACAGAAACCAAGAGUUUCUACUGACCAGAGGUGGUCUUGUUAAUUUUUUUUCUUAAGUAAGCCAGGCUUGGCACUUGGAGUAAGGAUAAGAAAUAGCUGUUUUUCAAGCAAACUUAAUUCCUUGUAGGACAUUUGUAGUAACAUAUGCCAUUUGUAAACAACUAAAGGUAACACUGGUUCUUGUCCAUGUUUGACCCCUUUGAUAGAGAGACUGGUUUCUUUAUUUUUUAGCAAUAAGGAUGAAAUUCUCUUGUCACAGAAAGUGGAAAAAUGACAUCUAUGUUACAGGCAUCUGUUGAGGGAAGUACAGGAGGGUCAAGAGCAUGAAGACUCCAACAGAGAAUUUCAGAAACAGAUUCAAUACUUGUCUACUAUUAGGAGCGUGCACAAAACCAGUUUGCCCAGUUCGAGUCUGAACUGGACUUGAACCAAACUGGGCAUGUUCAGUUUUGUGGAACCAAACCACCACCACUACCCCGGCUCAUAUUUGAGCCGGUUUGAGGGUUCUAAAUUUUUUUAAAAAAUAAUUCUAACACCACUGUGGGUCUGGCGGCCUUGGUGGGUGCUGGCGUGGCGCAUCAGAACUAAGGGAUCUCCUUAGUCUCUACCCCCCGCCUGCCAGCCUCCCCCCCCAGUCCUGCAACAGCUGUUCUGGCUGGGGAAAGGGUCAGAACGGCCUGAAAACAGGCUGAAAUGGUCCUUGCCAGACCAGGGGGAGGCCAGUGAGGGGAGAAGGAGACUAAAGAGACCUCCCCACCACCGCAGCUGUGCCAGUACCCACCCCCUGAGGCUGUUGGACCCACAGCAGUGAGUAAAAAUUGUUUUUUAAAAGUUUAGAACCCCCAAACCAGCCCCCGAGGUCGAGCCGAACCAGGCCCAGUCUGCAUUGAGGGCAAGUCCUCAGUUUUCAGUUCAAUGGUGAAUCAGCUCGACCUCAAGCAGGACCGCUCAUUCCUAGCUGCUACACGACACCAUAGCUUGCUUAGUGGUAAAGUUUGCUAUGGGGAUGGGUUACUUUCAAAGCCUGGAUUUUUUAUUUAUUUUUAAAGCAUAGAACUGAGGUAGAAACCAGACAGGCAUUAAAAACCAAAGAUGAAACAAUUUUAAUUUGCUCACAAAGGAUGGAACUCUGCAGUUGCAGCAAGAGAAGAUAGCAAUGAAUUAAUACUCUAAUCUCAUGUUUCUCUUCCUUAGUCCACUUGAUCUCAUGCUUGGUCAGUUAGCUUACCUCAAACAGAGUUGUUCAGGCCUUCAAGUGUAUCAGGUAAAACCUACUGGAAAACUGAAUACAAAAAUCCACUCAAAUAGUACCUUUAAAGUCUGGUCUUCACAGCCACCUGGAACUUGAGCAUGUAUUUCCUUUGCCACAAUGAAGAAAAAACUGGUUUGCUAUUUAUCUAUAAAAGAGGCUUUUAAACCUAGUUGACUUCCCCAUGAAUAGCUACAGGAGGAAAGGGAAACCUGUUCUUUGCAGCCUCUUUCUCUCCUCAGGGCAGAUAAUGGGUUGUAUCUAAAGAAAGUUAAUCAUGACCAAGUCCCAUUGAAAUUAAUGGGGCUGUAUUUAGUUGUGACCAACUUGACUCAAUUGAUUUCCACUGGUAUCUGUCAUGAAUAGUUUUCUUUGAAUACAACUCAGUGAUUUAUAUUUACAUUCUAAAGCUACCUUUCACAGACCGGUCUCAAGGCAACUUACAAUAAGUUAAAAAUAGCAAAUACCUAUACAGUAUGGGGCCAACAGUUAAACAGAGCAAAAACUAAUAGUGCAGCAUAAAAUUACACAAGUCUAGAAGAAUACUGGAAUAAAAAUGACAGCCAUCUGCUUCCAGUAUCAUUGUCUGGAGGCUUGGAUAAAGGAAACACCCUGCAACAGUUUAGGGAACCCUGGCAGACAUUCCAAGAAAGAAGAGUGCUCCAAUUCCUUGAGCAACUACUGAGAGGUUAAUGACAGCAACUGUCUUCAGCUAGCUAUGGAUACAGUGACAUGCCCCCACCUUGCCCUGUUACAGAGUGACCUCCAGCUGAUCUAGUUGUCAGAUUCUUACUUAUCCUUCGGUCAAGUCCUGCCAGUAAGUAAAACCUUCUUUGUCUACAAAGAACUACGGCAGGUUAGGCACAGUGUCUCAAUCUGUCUAUGAUAUUAUCCUCUGGAAGCCACCUCAUCUAUGUAAAUGUUGCCUUUCCAUCUUUUACCUUUUGUUUCAUCUUGCUAGUGGUUUUCUUUUCUGCUUCAAUAUUUAAUCUGCUUGCUGCUA